AAGACAACUAGAAAUGUUCCCUGCAUUAUUAGUCCUGCUCUCAGUGGCAACUUUAGGUUGCGCAUUGCACUUGCCGAUUGACCCAGAAUUUCUAUUAAAAAAAGGACCAAUCAACAAUCGCAUCGUUGGAGGAGAGUAUACACAAAUAGAAACAAUACCUUGGCAAGUGUCGCUGCAACAACUAGGACGGCAUCACUGUGGUGGCGUCAUCUACAGCAAAAACAUCAUUAUAACAGCCGCCCACUGUUUUUUCGAUGACUAUGGCAAUAUUCUUGAUCUCGAGAUUUUUGAUGUGCGCGUUGGCAGUAGUACGUCUAAUAAUGGUGGAUCGGUUAUUAAAGUUGCCAAGACAAUCGUGCAUGAUCGUUUUACACUUUAUCCAAUAAUUGAAUAUGACAUCGCUUUAAUUUUGUUAAGUUCGCCCCUUCAAAUGGGUCCAACUGUCAAGGCCAUUCCACUGGCAGAGUCAGUUCCUAAUGACGGAGCUUCAGCUAUAGUCUCUGGAUGGGGAUAUACGGAAACUGGAGAGUCUCCGCUCCAUCUGAAAAGUGUCUAUGUGAACAUUGUUAAUCGCGAGGAGUGCGCCAGGAUUUAUGGAGUUCUUAUAAAAGCAACAAUAUGUGCUGGUUCCCCUUGGAAAGAUUCGUGCGGUGGAGAUUCUGGUGGCCCAUUGACUUACAGAGGUAAACUUGUGGGCAUUGUUUCUUUUGGGUCUGAAAAUUGCGGUACACCUGGUCAACCCGCUGUCUAUACAGAUGUCGUGGAGCUUCGCAAAUGGAUUGAAGGGGAAGCCACAAAACUAAGCUGAAAUUGAGACAUUUGUGAAUUAAAUUGAAAAAAUAAACAUAAAAUGAAUAUUAA